AACAUUGUAAAUCAACUAUACUCCAAUAAAAAUUAAUUAAAAAAAAACAAAAGGUUGAGAGUUACAAAAAAAAAAAGCAUCCCACCCAAGAGCCUUCUAAUGAUAUGGUAUGAACCUUUCAUUUUAUUCUCUCAGUUAUUAUAAAAAUUUAGAUGGUAAGUAUCUCUUAGAAAUAUGGAACUAUAGGACACGCUUGUCUCCUCCGCUGCCACCUGCUGCGGCCAGCGUCCACGCUGCACACAGCACGGCUGGCAAAGCCCACAGGCUAAGUGCUGAGGAGAAGUACCAGCUGCUGUCAGACCUGCGGGCCAUGGGGUGGAACGAGCCGGAAGGCCAGGAUGUCACCUUCCAGCAGUUCCAUUUCAAAGACUUCCGUAGGGCUAUUGGCUUCGUGAUGAGAGUGGCCCUGCAGGCUGAGAAACUGGACCACCAUCCUGAAUGGUUUAACGUUUACGACAAGGCCCACAUCACCCUGAGCACUCAUGCGUGUGCGGGCCUUUCAGAACUGGACAUAAAUCUGGCCAGCUUCAUCGAGCAGGUAGCAGUGUCCGUGACAUAGACCCUGCCCUUCCUCUCUGAGUUCUUCAGGGGAAAGGGGGGACUGAACUGGGGAUCCAGAGAGGGAACUGGGGAGCCCCGAAAUGUUGCUGCAGUCAAAACUGACAAGUCGAUCCUGUUGCCUCCGUUUAAAGGCAAGUCUCUGCCAUCGAAAAAGGCCAGCAUCACCGCCAACACCAGAACUUAGACCACUUUUCCCCACACCACUCUCUUCCUCCUUGGGGCUCUUUUACGUGUACACUGAUUUGAAUCAGUUCUUCUCUUGCUUUACAACUUUCCAGCGACAGCAACGAUUUCUUUCCAGGCGGUGUCUUGCUCCCUUCCUGAUUCAUUUCCCAAGAAGCUGUGAUGGAAAAGUGUGUCUAAGAUAAAGUCUGAUCUUAGAAGCCAGAACCUUAAAGUCAUCCUCAUCCUAUGUGACAGACAUGCAUGUGCUAUUAUGCCUCCAAUAAAAACACUGUUUCACUUGGAAAAAAAGAAAUAUGGAAGUAUAAAGUUCAAAAUUUCCACUCCUUUAUUCUGCUCCCA